CCAAUUGUGUACUUUUGCUUCCGUGCCAAGUUUCUCAAAGUUUGGCGACUCCCACAUGGCGUCCGUCUUUUCUGUCAGGAAUGCUGCGAGGUUGUAUGGGGCUGUACUGAGGCGUGAAAUUCAUUCCUCGCGGUCGCGCCAUGCCAUCACAGAGUUCGGGAUGCCAGCCAUGAGCCCUACAAUGACGGAAGGAGGGAUAGCAAGCUGGAAGAAGAAGGAAGGCGAGUCCUUUGAGGCUGGUGACAUACUUCUCGAGAUUGAAACAGACAAGGCUACUAUUGACGUCGAAGCACAGGAGGAUGGUGUCCUUGGAAAAAUAAUAUUGGGGGACGGCACCAAAAACGUUCCCGUGGGGAAAGUUAUUGCCAUCCUCGCGGAGGAGGGCGAUGACAUCUCAAACAUUGAGAUUUCAGAGAAGGUGUCUUCGCCACAACCAAAGAACGUGGAUCCGCCUUCACCAAUCGAACCCUCAUCUCCGCCUUCACUCGCGUCCCAGUCAUUCCACGAGCCUAACCACAAGCUACCUUUCCAUUCUCGCCCGCUGUUUCCUUCUGUGCAACGAUUAGUCCUGCAGAAUCGUCUUUUGGCGCACGACCUCCGUUCAAUCAAAGGGACAGGCGUUCGCGGCAUGCUCACCAAAGGUGACAUUUUAGCCCACAUAGGCAAGGCGUCAAGCCCAUGGGGUACUAGUAAGGGUCCUAAGGAAAAGCAGGAAAUCUCUUCGCCUCAGUUUCUAAGCCAGUACCAGAGAAGGUAUGACUAUGUACUAUUAGGCACGCGUGUGGUUUCAGUUCUGUAACUCUCCCUUUCGAAGGGACUUGACGCGGAAACUGUCCGCCACAUCAUCCUUGCUGGCCUAAGCAAGGCCGCGUUGCCCCUAUCCACUCCAAAACCUACAGCGCCGGUUACUUUUACAGACAUCAUUGAGGACUACCUGCCACGAUCGAAGCGAACUUCAUCAUCCUUGUCACUCCCUCCUCCUGCAUCCCGAUCAUCAGUUUCAUCGUAUUUCGACGGUUUGAUUUAGAUGUUAAUAUAUAUUUAUGUCAUAGAAUAAGUACAACAUGCACGAAACCGUUUAUUCGUCAACCUCCUCUGUAUCCUUCGACAAGCUCUAAUAAGGAAUGAAAAUCAG